AUGCAGACUAUCAAAUGUGUAGUGGUCGGUGAUGGAGCUGUCGGAAAGACAUGUCUGCUGAUAUCGUACACGACCAACAAAUUCCCUUCGGAAUACGUUCCUACCGUCUUUGACAACUAUGCUGUGACUGUCAUGAUUGGCGAUGACCCAUACACAUUGGGUCUGUUCGAUACCGCCGGUCAGGAGGAUUACGAUCGACUGCGACCGCUCUCGUACCCCCAGACCGACGUCUUCCUCGUCUGUUUCUCGGUGACCUCGCCCGCCUCGUUCGAGAACGUAAAGGAGAAGUGGUUCCCGGAAGUCCACCACCACUGCCCCGGUGUUCCUUGCCUGAUUGUUGGAACCCAGGUCGAUCUGAGAGACGACCAGGCCGUCAUCGAGAAGCUCUCGAGACAGAAGCAGAGGCCGAUCACAACAGAGCAGGGAGAGCGAUUGGCAAAGGAGCUGGGUGCCGUCAAGUUUGUUGAGUGUUCGGCAUUGACACAGAGGGGACUGAAGAACGUCUUUGACGAGGCUAUCGUCGCCGCGCUUGAGCCGCCCGUUGUCAAGAAGAAGAACAAGUGUGUCAUAUUAUAG